UAGUAUUGUGCAAAGUCGAACAUUUAAUUAAUUGACUUGACCAAAUUUGUUGGUAUUCAUUGGAAAUGCCGGCGCUGAUCUUAAUUGGCAAGUGUGUGACAAGGCUGGGAGUGUUAAUUAGAGUUCGGGUCGGUAUUUGGAACCGGUUGCGGCUUGGAGUCAACCGUCAAAAUCAAAUAAACAAACAGACACAACUAACACUCGAUUAUGAAAUGUACCAAAAUUUAUAAAAUAUGAAUCUGUGGAAAUCAGUCGGUCACGUUAAAAAGAAGCUCCAGCUAAACAAUGGAGGGCUCAGAACCCAACGAUGGGCCAAGCGGCAGCAAGCGACAAGAACAGAUGCAGAUGGCCCCAAUCAGGGAAAUGAGAACACAAGAAACUCAAGCAGAUCUCGGCCACCAAAUGCCGAGGCACACAAAGAAAAGAGUCAGGAUUCCGGAAGUGCUGCCCACGACAGAGUCGCAGGAGAUAUACCAGCCAGAAUUGGUGUACACAGCACCAACCAUCGAGGCAAGUAUUCAAGAGAGAUCACUUGGAUCGAUGACCGACAGCUUAAAGAAACAGAGCUCGGGCAGCGAAAGGGAAAGCGGCCUCGAUGACAAUCAAGCAGAAAGUCAAACACAUCGCAGCUCUAGCGUCAGCUUUACCAUGCAUGAUACGGAGGGUUUUAUCCAGGGGCUUUCCAGCUGACUGGUUUCAUAGUCACCGGUGUCUCCAUGUUCCUGCUAAUCAUGAUCUCCUGGC